AUGCUUCUCACGGCCUGCGAAAAUGAGACGCACAUCGACCUUAUCGUGAAUGCGCUGAAGGCCCUGAUUCCUUUCGCAUGCUCCGAUGAGUUCCGGCCACAGCUAGGCAUGGAUGGCGGCUUGGACACCUUUUCGGCUUUCAUGUUUUCCGACCAGCUGCAACUGCAGCAGCUGGGAGUCUACUUGCUGCAGAACCUUCUGGAGUUUCGGGAGAAUCGCCGCAUCUUCCUCGGCCUGUCUGAGGAAAGGAAGUGUGAGGAAGACUACCUGGAUAGCCUGCUGCGAUUGCUGCCCAGGGUCAGCACCGGCCAGCCGAACCGUAUCAAAGCAAUGAAGAAAGAUGGGAAGGACAAGAGCGACCCAGAACCAAUCCUGACGAAGCACGACCCCUUCGUCCUCAGGUGCUGCAUCCACUGCAUCGCCCUGCUGAGCUUGGAGCACCACUUGGGGAGCUUCCAGCGCUUUGUGGAUCUGGGGCUCAACAAGCUACUCUUCGACCUUUUCUACUCCGAGCAGAUCGACAAGUCCUCGGGAGAGGCAGUUGUCCUUUUCUUCGCCAACAUCUUGCACAGCUCGAAGCAGAUCCAGGCACAGGUCAUGAAGGGGGCGGAUGUGGUGCAGCUGCUGCUUUCGGCGAGGGAUAUGCUCUUCUCGCCGCACACGGUGUCGCGCUGUCUGUCCGCACUUCUGUGUAUCUCGCGGGUGCCCGACUUCAAGAGGGUCGUCCUCAGCCACCUGGACUUGCUGAUGGCAGACAUCAAUGCAAAUCUCAAUGCCGAGGCUCCGGCCGGUCACUUCAGCAAUGCGACAGGAGCGUGA